GGGCUGCUAGACAAUUUUCUUAUUCCUAAAGCUAGCAAUGCUGAAAGUAAAGUCUUUUACCUGAAAAUGAAAGGAGAUUAUUAUAGGUACUUAGCAGAAGUUGCUACUGGUGAUCAAAAAAAUAGUGUUGUUGAAGAAUCUCAGAAAUCUUACCAAGAAGCUUUCGAUAUCAGUAAAAAUAAAAUGCAGCCAACCCAUCCCAUCAGGUUGGGUUUGGCUUUGAACUUUUCUGUAUUUUACUUUGAGAUUCUGAAUGCACCAGACCGUGCUUGCCAUCUUGCAAAGCAGGCGUUCGAUGAUGCAAUAGCAGAAUUAGACACACUAAAUGAAGACUCUUAUAAAGAUAGUACACUAAUCAUGCAACUCCUAAGAGACAAUUUAACGCUGUGGACGUCAGACACGCAAGGAGAUGGUGAAGAACAACCAGAAGCAGGUGACAACUGAUAGUCAUGAAGCACUACCUAUUUCAAACACGUCCCCAGCCUCAAACAACAAAAAAGCCUUUAAUUGUUAUUGAUUGCACCACCAACUGAGCAUAGCCCAAAACUGAAGACCAUUAGUUUAUGUUAAAAUGGAAAGACUUAACAGUGAUGCCUUCAAACCGAGUUUGUCAGAAUGUGUGUGGAUGCUCAUUUGCUGCAGAGAUGAAUUGGGCUUUGCUAGAACUGAGCCACUCAAAAGAAAAGCUGGUGGUUUUUUCUUUACAUGUAUCAUUUCUCUUAUCCAGACCUUGCAGGUUUAUGCUCAAGAUAUUCGUGGAAACCAAUCUCAACCUUGGCAGAACUUGCCUAGUCUGGAGUGAAACGCAAUCGGGAGCUCCCGACAGCCGAAAGUUUCAUGUUUUUGUUAUACAAUAGUCAUUGUUUCUAGGUUUAAUUUUAUGGCCAAAUGUAUAACUUCAGUUUUCUUUUAACCUAUGUCGUUAACCUUGUAUCCUGUGGUGGUAGCUAAAUUAUUUUGACCAGUUUGUGACGUGACAAAUAUCCUUUGUUAUUUUUAAUAAAUUCCUGUUUGGCCCAAAAUUAAACUUUGGGAUUUUAAUUUUAUUAAAAUGUAAAAAAGUGUCAUUUGAUAUUUUGUACAACCAUAUGGUCAGUAUUAGUUUUAUUUUGUGUUUUAACGAUUGAUCCGUUUUAUUGAUUGAUCCACAUAACAAAACUACUAUUGGCCUUAGCAGAUAACAUCAAAAUUAGCUGGAGCAUUUUAAUAAAGCAAUGUCACAUCUCAUACAUCUUGUGCUUGCAUUUUUU